AUGGCAGACGUUGUUCCAUCUCCAAAAGGUGCUGUUAGGAGGCGACCUACUGGAAACGCUUCCGUAUCUCGAUCCGGUGGCAGUUCAUCAACAAUGAUGAAAUUGUACACCGACGAUGCUCCAGGUUUAAGAGUAGAUCCUGUUGUAGUCAUUGUCCUUGCACUUUCUUUUAUUGGUUCUGUAUUCAUUCUUCAUAUAUAUGGAAAAUUUACUCGUGGAUAA